AUGGGCAGCAAAUCUAGUAAACCUACCGCAACUGAAUCAACUGCAUCUCUGCCUUAUCCGAAAGACUCGGCCGAUGUCACUGGUGCCAAUACCCAACAAGAGAUAGUACCAGCGACGACUUCUUCAACUCCAACACGUGAAAUAACGUCGACAUCUUCGCUUGCAAAUGACACAGUAACGACUUCGAAAACAUUAGACAAAGAUACUUCUAAACUAACAUUACACUCUGUUGCAACAUCUCUCAUAAGCAACGAAGAGAGUACAUUAAAACAACCUGCAGUAACAUCAGCAGCGACACGCUGGUACAACUGGACGAAAGUUGAACAACAAAAACGUGUAAAAGGAAAAAUACCUUGGUAUAUGCAUUCACCGACGACAAAGAAAGAUGCAGACGCUACUCCUAUUGAACAGACAACAACGACAACAACGACGCCGACACCAACAGCAGCACCACUAGUAAAAGUUAAUGAAUCUGAGAAAAAGGAAGAAUCUAACAAUGAUAAUGAUAUUACAGUCGUACCGACUUACCGACUGCGCACAACAACUGUGCAUAGUCCUCCUGGUAUUGAACGUAUCCCAUCGCCUCGUCGGGAAUUAACAAACACCGAUGUAUCAAAUUUUAAAUACUAUCGUCCAGACGAACGAUCUCGACAACCGGUUGGCACACAUACGAAAGCAACUAUGUAUCGAAUGAAUACAAUUUUAAAACAAGCGCCAUCACCAGCUCAAUUAUCUUCACCCGAAUCAACAAAUCCUGGCGAUGUUACAAACGUAACGACAAGAUCGAUUGAAGAUCUAUCGAAAAUACGUACUUAUGUCUCUCGUGGUCUUCAAACCGAUCUCGAAGUACAACCAAGUAAUUCAUCUAAUUCACAAAUGCGUUAUUACGAAAAACAACAAUCACAAUUCGUUCCGAUCUCGACACUAACUAACUAUGCUUCUGAUAAUAAUGGGUUUUAUAGCUUAGCAUCACAAAAUACGAAUUAUGAAUCAACACUUCCACCCAUUAGCGAACCGUCCGAAUCGAACGUUGAUCCAUCUCAGUCGAUAUCUCCUCCAGCUAAUCCUUCAGCCCCGACAUCCAUCUUGAAAAAGACAUCAACAGGAUUAUCUCGAGAUGCAUCUAAUCCAUUUUCCGAGCAAGCACAUGAAAAAAUGGUUGAAGAGUUGCGUAAACGUAAUAAAAACCUUCAAGAUGGAUCAUAUCGCGUAAAAAAAGUUCAUCUUCUGGAAAAAAACGAUCCGUCACCGGAACCACAAACAGUCACAUUUCGUCUUCCAACAUCCAAAGCUAAUCAAAGUAUACACCGAAGUGAAAAAUUAUUCUCUAGUAAUUGA